GUGUUAUUCUAACCCUACUCACAAUUUUAACUGUUUACAGUAGUUUUUAAGCUAAAUUAGUCAAUUGGGCAAUUGUAAUUCAGCAACGUCCGGAGGGCCAUAGGUUAUGGCGCGCCUCCCAUAACCUAAAUGAGCAAGCUCAGCGCAAGGCAGAUGGAGAGCCGCCUUGGUGCCUCUGAGCAUAAGCAGAGCGCCCGCCCUGCUUUGCGUGCGUGCCAGUAAAGAGGAUAAAGCGUAUGAUGUUAUUGUUGUUGUUGCUGUCAUCCCGCGUGGUGUUCAUGACACAUGCCGUCCGUUUUGUCCAGCCUGGAGGGGAUAAUCGCGGCUGCCCAGUUCCUUCCCCUCCAUCCCACCGGCGGCUGCGGCUCCUCCUCUCCGGCAGGCGGAGCCGGGAUGGGCCGGCGCGAGGAUAUGAUGUCAAGGCCGGAGCCGGGGCUGGGAUGUAUGGUGGGGGACCGGCUCGGAUGCGAGGAGCCGGAGAGCGGCUGAGGCGAGAGAGAAGACGCGAGGCGCGGAGGCAGCUUCGGCUUGUUGGGCGCGUGAGGAGGGGGAGGAGCGGAGAAAGGCCGCCUUGGCCUGGCGGAGUCCGGCCCCUGAGGAGAGAAGGAAAAGGCGCGAAGGGAGAAGAGGAGGCGGCGGCGGCAUCGGCGACCACCACCGCCCCUUAACUCCUGCUGCUAAGAAUUGGGCUCCGUCCGGUUGGGGACGCCGCGAUGUCGAGCGGGGCGGCGGGCAGCGCCGUGUCGGACCCCCAGCACCCGGCCCGGCUCCUGAGGGCGCUGAGCUCCUUCCGCGAGGAGGGCCGCUUCUGCGACGCCCAUCUGGUGCUGGAGGGCGAGGAGAUCCCCGUGCAGACCAACAUCCUGGCGGCCGCCAGCCCUUACAUCAGAACAAAGCUGAACUAUAAUCCUCCAAAGGAUGAUGGCUCCACAUAUAAAAUUGAACUUGAAGGGAUAUCUGUUGAUAUUAUGAAAGAGAUUUUGGACUACAUCUUCAGUGGUCAGAUCAAGCUAAGUGAAGACACCAUCCAGGACGUUGUGCAGGCUGCUGAUUUAUUGCUGCUUACAGACCUGAAAACUCUGUGCUGUGAGUUUCUGGAAGGUUGCAUUGCUGCUGAGAACUGUAUUGGAAUCCGGGACUUUGCACUACACUAUUGUCUGCGUCAUGUUCAUUAUCUUGCCUCCGAAUAUCUGGAAACACACUUCCGGGAUGUUAGCAGUACGGAGGAGUUUCUGGAACUGAGUCCUCAGAAAGCAAAAGAAGUGCUGUCCUUGGAGAAGCUGAAUGUUGGGAAUGAAAGACAUGUUUUUGAAGCAGUUAUUAGAUGGAUCUCCCAUGACCCUGAGUUAAGAAAGGUUCACAUGAAGGAUGUAAUGUCAGCUGUGUGGGUAUCUGGGCUAGAUGCUACCUACUUGCGUGAGCAAAUGAUGAAUGACCCACUGGUACGGGAGAUUGUCAAAGAAUGUAGCAACAUUCCACUCACUCCGCCACAGCAGGGGGAGGCAAUGCUAGCAUCUUUUAAACCCAGAGGAUACUCAGAGUGCAUUGUCACUGUUGGUGGUGAAGAAAGAGUAUCCCGGAAACCAUCAGCAGUAAUGAGGUGUAUGUGCCCUCUUUAUGAUCCUAACAGACAGCUAUGGAUAGAACUGGCUCCUUUAAGUACACCUAGGAUAAAUCAUGGUGUGCUUUCAGCAGAAGGGUUCCUGUUUGUACUUGGAGGUCAAGAUGAAGAUAAAGUCACUUUAAACUCUGGAGAAAAGUAUGAUCCAGAUACCAAUUCAUGGAGUUCUUUACCACCAAUGAAUGAGGCACGGCACAACUUUGGCUUGGUAGAGAUUGAUGGAGUGCUGUAUGUUCUGGGAGGCGAGGAUGGAGAACGGGAACUCAUCUCUAUGGAGUCCUAUGACAUUUAUAAUAGGACUUGGACGAAGCAACCGGACUUGACAAUGAUUAGGAAGAUUGGUUGCUAUGCGGCUAUGAAAAAGAAGAUCUAUGCAAUGGGCGGGGGUUCGUAUGGCAAGCUUUUUGAGUCCGUUGAAUGUUACGACCCAAGGAUCCAGCAGUGGACAGCUAUCUGUCCGCUAAAAGAGAGGAGGUUUGGGGCUGUGGCCUGUGGAGUUGCUUCAGAACUCUAUGUCUUCGGUGGAGUGAGAAGUCGUGAUGACAAUCAAUCCAGUGAGAUGGUGACGUGUAAAUCAGAAUUCUAUCACGAUGAGUUUAAAAGGUGGAUCUACUUGAAUGAUCAGAACUUAUGCAUCCCAGCCAGUUCUUCGUUUGUGUAUGGAGCUGUGCCCAUUGGGGCUAGUAUCUAUGUGAUUGGGGAUCUUGAUACAGGUACCAAUUACGAUUAUGUUCGAGAAUUUAAAAGAAGCACCGGAACUUGGCACCAUACUAAGCCACUCUUUCCAUCGGAUCUUCGCCGUACUGGAUGUGCAGCUUUGCGUAUAGCAAACUGCAAGCUUUUCCGGCUCCAGCUCCAGCAAGGAUUGUUCCGCAUCCGUGUUCCUUCUCCUUGAGAGAACUUCAGAAAACAGAGGAGAUGGGAAUAAUUUGAGAGGCACUCCACCAUAACAAUAUAUCUUUAUAUAAAGGAGAAACAAACAUCUUGCGGCAGAAACUUUAACUGUAUGCUCGGCUUUGGUAUGGUAUCUGUCCUGUUUUUUUAACUGCUUAAAUGCUUAAGCCUCAGCAUUUGCUUUGGGGCAAGUCAUUGUACAUUGAGAAACAUGGUUGAGGAGGUAUCUUAAGUUCAGUUUAUCUAAAGAUACUAAACCAUGCUAUUGAAGCAGUUCCUUUGCUUCAAACCAGGAGGAGUGGAUUAAAAAAAAUGAAACCUAUUGAAAUUGGGACGGUGGGGGAAUCAGUAAGGGACAUUUUCAUCAAGGAGAUUUGUUACAAAUAACUUUGCUGUGUUGACAUUAGAUGACAUUGAUAACACAGGAAAUCCUGUAUGAAAACCGAUCUCACUAGUAUGCCAAAAGAGACUGUUAACUCUACUGUGGAGAAAGAUGGGCAGUUGCACCUUUUACUUCAAGGCCUUCCUGACAAUUUAAGGCCUGUGCCUGAAAGGAUAGAAUUGUACAUAUGUCACUUUUCCGUGUGUUUUCACUCCUAAUAAUCUUUUUAAAAACAUACCAGUAUGUUUAAAAUGGACUAAACUGAGCUAAAGAUUUCAGUACAGUAGAGAACUGAGAGUGACACAGAUUUUUUUGUAAAUCUUGUGUACGUCAAAUGAUCUAAAAUGGUGUGUCAUAUGUGGACCAGCACAAAGCCACAUGCUGCAGUAACCACUCACUUGAAAUACAGUGAGUGAGGUUGGGUGGGUGGGUGGGUGAAGGCUGGGUUUUCCGGAAUUGCCAUGCUAUUACUAUCAGCCAGUUUACGCAGCACACAAAUCUGAUUCUGAUUCUUUCUUUCUUU